AUGAUGAUCCAACCACAUCUACUUGAUGAGUCUCAAAUAAAACAAAACUUGGCGAGAUUACACUCUAUAUACAUAGUUUUAAUUAAUUUUAAUUUUAGAAAAAAAGUAUACAUUUUCAAUAUGCUUCAAUUCUAUUUUGGAUUAUAUGGAUUAGCCAUCUUUUUAUGUUUUCUUGGGUUUUUAUAUGCUUUAAUUGAAAAAGCAUAUAAACGGUUAACAAUUAAUGUAAACAAAUCUCAUUUAUCAAAUCAUUCUGAAAUUAUUUCAUCCAGCUCAAAUCAAAAUAGUAUAAUUCAUAAAAAAGUUCCAAGUAUCAUUGAAAAGGUUGAAUCAAACAAUUUAAUAGAUACAGUGAAAAUCAAUGAAAUCUUUAAAAGUUCUUAUAAUCAAGAGAAUAAUGAAAAUCAAUUAAAUGAUUCAGAUAUAAGUACACCAACUGAAGAAAUGAAAACAAUAAUAAAUGAAAAAUACAUUGAAAAUAAUCAUGAUCAAAUUCAUGCUAAAAUAGAUAUAUCAAUGAAAUCAUUCUCUGAACGUCGACAAGAACGUCGUAAACGUUAUAAAGCUAAAAAAGGUCAAAGUUCAUCAUCUGGUUGCUUUUCAAUUAAUUCUUCUAUAGAUGAAUAUGAUACUGGAAAUACACUUAUAGAAGAUUCAGAUGAGACAACAAAUGUUAGCAAUUGUUCAAUGUUAUCAGAUAGUAAUGAUUCUCAACCGGAUUAUUUUAUUUUGGAAACACAUAAUAUGUGUGAAUUAAGAAAUUCAAUACAAAUAACGAAUUUGGAUGAUGGUGAAACUGACAAUAUUAAUCAUAAUGAUAAUAAUACAAUGGAUAAAACGGAUUCUUUAGAUGAUUUAUUAAAGAAAAAUAUUCAAUUCUGUGAAGAAACUUGUGAACUAGGCUUAAAAGAUUGUUUAUUAUUAGUACCAAAAUACACUACAGUUGAUUUAACAGAAUAUAAACAAUCUAUUAAUAUAACAACAAUAUCAGCAGAAAUGAAAGAAGGUCAAGUUAAUGGAAAUCAAUCGACUGUUUCAAAAAGGAAUCCAGAUUCAAAUAUGAAAUCUAUAAUCAAUCCUGAUCGUGAAAGCAAUUCACCCAGUAUCGCUUCAGAUAUACUGGUUCCGAAGACGAGACGUUUGUCUUUACGAUCUAAGCGCAGUUUUGACUGUUCAUUUGAAUUAUGGGAUGAAAAUUAUUUCUCUAUGGAACGGAAGGUUUCUCAACUUGAAGGUGUUCAUUAUGCUGCUUUCAAUGUAAAUAAAGAAAAAAGAGAAAGUUCACUUGAACUAGUCAAUUUAAUCGAAGAUCAACAAGUAACUUGUUUAGAUGCAGAUAAUCCAGAUAAUUGGGUUGUACGUGUUCAUCCAGUUUUACAAAACGUUAGUAGUGUUCACAAACAAAUUAAAAAGGAUAAUACACUUACUGAUUCACAAACUAUAGAUGAAAAUGAUAUCAAUGAUUUAGUUGAAGUUAUUGUAUCAAAUUCACAAGAAUCUCAAAGAACUUGUGAAGAAAUUAAAAAGAUUGGUCGUGCUAAAGCUGUUUGUUUAACACGAAAUUUAAAAAGUGCACAACGUGGCAAAAGAAAUCCAAGAGAAUCUUUCAGAGAAGAUGUUAUUAGUUUCUCAAAUAAACAACAAGAAUCUCGAAUGAAACUGAGGUAUACAUUAACUGAGCUUUGUGAUACGGAACUUGAAUAUUCCAGAGCACUGAGACAAUUGUCUGAUAUAUUAGAUUCAUUAAAUGGCAAAAUUAUUUUGAAUUAUUCAGAUAAUUCAGAGAAAAUUCUGGAUUAUCCUAAACCAAUUAGUGAUAAUAUUAAAGGUCUUCAAGAUACUCUGAAAAGAAUUAUUCAAUUUUGUGGUACAUUCUUGGAAAAAUUGCCUUUAUAUUCAUCUGAUCCAGGAAAAUCUGCUGAAUGUUUUACGAAAACUCCUGAACGUUGGUAUGAUUAUACAUUAUUCUUUAUAUAUUCGGAUUAUUUAAUAAAUCAUCUUACACAAAUCACUUCACAUGAUAUUGAAAUGUCAUUUAGUCUUUCUAUUACAGAUUCUAUACAACGAUCAACAAUUUUAAUAAAUGAUCCAUUUGAUACAUCCAUAGCAACUAAUCAAUGUAAUAAUAUUUCUCUAAGAAAUUUUUUAGACUUUUUAAAUAUACCAAGAAAACGAUUGAAUGUAUAUAAUGGAUUAUUAAAAGAUAUAACAAGAUAUAUUGCCUAUGAUAGUACAUUAACUAAUAAUCUUGAAUUAGCUAUGAUUUAUAUAAGUAGAGCACAAAGAUGUUCAGAGGAAUUUAUAUAUUUUUGGUCAAAAGUUGAUAUCAAUUUCAAUCAAAUAUUUAAUAUAGAAAAAUUCGAUGAGAAUAGAUUAUUAUUAGUAUUUGAUGAGUGUAUACCACCACCAAUUAUACGAAUAACGGAUAUUAAAAUUGGUCAACAUAAAGGUAUUCAACUAGAUCAAAAUGAAAUGAAAAUGGAAAGAUUAAUUCUUCUACCUGAUCAUUUAUUGUCACUUAAAAAAGUCAAUGAAAAUAAUUCAGUUUAUUGUUGGAAAGUGAAUAGAAUAAUUAAUCUUGAUGAACUUCGUAUUGGUGAAUAUGGCAACGAUGGAAAUGAUGAAACAUCAUUUGAAUUAUGGAAUAUAUCAGGUGAAGCUCCAAUUAAACUAAUUUUUCGUAUCACUUGUCCAAAUAUUGUUAGUCGUAAUGCAUGGAUUGAAGAUAUAAGAUAUGCAAUCAAAGAAAAACUUAAUAAUUCUAUAGAAGGUACAAAUAUACCAAAAUCAACUGUCGAAUCACAUAUUAAAGCAUAUUGGGAUUCAAAGAAACGUUUUAGUGGAAUAAUGGAACUUUCAUCGUGUCCUAGUGAAUCUAUCAGUGAAAUGUAUUUUGAUGCAAUGGAAAAUAUUCAACAAAUUAAUUCUCAAAAUGUUCAUACAUCACAAUUAUCACAAAUAGAUAAAUGUGAAGUGAUUAAAACUUCAUUUCAUCAAAAAUCUACUUCAUCCUCAUCGUAUUAUACUGCUGAGGAACCAAUAGAUGAGAUUGGAAAAGAUCAAGCACCAUCUACAAAUCUGUUCGAAUCUUAUUCAACAUUGGAUGGUGUACAGACGCCAUUUUCAGAGGAUCAACAAUCUCUUGCAGACUUCCAAAUGAAUCCUGAAAAUCGGGGAAAUCAAACUCAACAGUUAACAACUGCAUCUACUAAUUUGACAGGAACUGAUACUUUAGCUAAACAAUUAACGGUUAAUGCUGGUGAACAAAUUCAAUUCAAUGCAUCAUUUACUAUAACUGGUCCAGUUGCUUAUGAAACAACUUGGUAUAUGAAUGGUGCACCAAUGAAACCUGAUAUAGGCGCUGAAAUGAUAUUGUCAGAUCGUGAUACACGUUUACUUAUAUCAAAUGCUGAUCCUUUGAUACAUUCAGGAACAUAUUCAUGUCGCUGUCGUCUUUUUGAGGGCACUGAAACUGCCGUUUAUUUUUGUGUUAAUAUACUAACAGCUAAAUUAGAUCACAAUGAUACAAAUGACAAUGAAUCAGAUCAGCUGAAACUAACAAAUUUUAUGCAGGCUAAUGUAUUUCAUCCAAUUACCAAAGAAUUAGAUUUACCAAUCGGUAAACUUUUAGAAAUUCAAGUUAAGAUUGAUGAAGAAACUGUAAUGAAACUAAUGAAUAAUAAUAAGGACAAUAUUCAAGUUAAUUGGUAUCAAAACUCAACACUAAUUGAACCUAGUUCAACAUGUGAAAUGCUUAAAAUUAAUGACCAGUUUAUUUUACGGUCAACUACAAAUAAUUUACAACCUGAUAAGUUAUACAACUACACAUGUAUGUUGAGACUGCCUGAAAAUUCUUCUUUGUCUCCAGCACCAAGUAUAACCAUACCAGUAAAUUUCCAUUGUCCAACAGUUAAAGAAUUAGAAACUGAAUUCAAGAACUGUAUCGACAAAAAUAAGUUAACAGUCGAAAAUAAUCCAGUCUUUGAAGUCGAAUUAGGAAAGGACGAUGCAUUUCAAUUAAAUAUACCUAUUCAACAUGGUUCUCAGGAUCAAGAUUUUGUCGUGUGGUGGACACAUGAAGAUGAACUUUUGACAGGUGAUCAUUUACCGUCGAAAGAAAGCGAGUAUAAUUGCUCAUUUGAGCUCAGUAAACAAUCGAAUGAAAUGAUAGCCAAACUUUCUAAAACUGAGACAAGAACUAACGAUUCUGGGAUAUAUAAAUGUUGGACCGUUUCACAAUCAUUGAAAGAUAAUAUCGUUAAGUGUACAAAUGUUGCAGUAACAGUGAGACAAGAGGAAGCUACACUGA